AUGAUGCAUUAAAAUCUAGCCAUAUCAGUGCAAACACCAGUAUGAUGGGUUCAUCGUUCCUCGAUCAAGGAACUUUAGAUAUGGCUGGUGAUUUUGGCUAUCAUGAACAUUUAAUGGAGGUAGAUAAACAGGACAAUGUGAGCAAUAUUAGUGAAGAGGGAAAAGAGCAAAUGAACAGUGAAACUGAUGCAUUGAUCGAUUCAACGAAUGAGUUGGAUAGACAGGAAGAAAUUGAACCAGAGAAUGAGAUGAAAGUGGUGAGCCCUGACUCUGAGGAGGAAGAAAAGGAUGAAAUGAACAUUAAUGCUGGCAAAAAUAAUAAAAAAGAACAUGAAAAUGUGACUGAAAUAGAAGAAGAGAUAGAAGUGAUUAAGAUUAAAAGUGACUUUUCUAUGCUGGAUGAAGGUGUAGAUUCUUCUAUGAACAGUGAUCAUCAGGAGAGUUUAGAAAAGACUGUACUGCCAACUGAACCCCAUUCAGAUCAGACAGUAAAUGAAGAAGAUCUUUCGAAACCAGAAGAUACUGAGAUUAAGGAGGAUGAACCGAUACGGUUCAAAAAAGCUCAGAUGGUUGAAUGUAAAACUGAUGCAUCUGCAUUCAUAAGUGUGUCAGCUGACCAACAAAGUAACUUGUCCCAAACUUCAGAGACAGAAAUCUGGGCUGGUCCAUUCACAGAUCCUGCAGGGGAUUCAGAAGAAGGGAAGGAUGAGGACACUGAAGUGUCUUUUGAAAUGGCCCAGUUCUCACAUGCACCUAAGGUUGCUUGUGAAGAAAAUAAAACCGUAGCAAAGGACAAAAAUGAUGAUGCCUCUGAGAUGGAAGUAAGAUCAGAGAACAUCUGUGAAAGCCACUUAUUUGCAUAUGGAGAUGCAGAGAAUGAUGAUGAUGAUGCAUUAAAAUCUAGCCAUAUCAGUGCAAACACCAGUAUGAUGGGUUCAUCGUUCCUCGAGCAAGGAACUUUAGAUAUGGCUGGUGAUUUUGGCUAUCAUGAACAUUUAAUGGAGGUAGAUAAACAGGACAAUGUGAGCAAUAUUAGUGAAGAGGGAAAAGAGCAAAUGAACAGUGAAACUGAUGCAUUGAUCGAUUCAAUGAAUGAGUUGGAUAGACAGGAAGAAAUUGAACCAGAGAAUGAGAUGAAAGAUGUGGGCCCUGACUCUGAGGAGGAAGAAGCGGAUGAAAUGAACAUUAAUGCUGACACAAAGGUUACAAAAGAAGAUACAAAUGUGACUGAAAUAGAAGAAGUAGAGAUAGAAGUGAUUAAAAGUGACUUUUCUAUGCUGGAUGAAGGUGUAGAUUCUUCUAUGAACAGUGAUCAUCAGGAGAGUUUAGAAAAGACUGUACUGCCAACUGAACCCCAUUCAGAUCAGACAGUAAAUGAAGAAGAUCUUUCGAAACCAGAAGAUACUGAGAUUAAGGAGGAUGAACCGAUACGGUUCAAAAAAGCUCAGAUGGUUGAAUGUAAAACUGAUGCAUCUGCAUUCAUAAGUGUGUCAGCUGACCAACAAAGUAACUUGUCCCAAACUUCAGAGACAGAAAUCUGGGCUGGUCCAUUCACAGAUCCUGCAGGGGAUUCAGAAGAAGGGAAGGAUGAGGACACUGAAGUGUCUUUUGAAAUGGCCCAGUUCUCACAUGCACCUAAGGUUGCUUGUGAAGAAAAUAAAACCGUAGCAAAGGACGAAAAAGAUGAAGCCUCUGAGAUGGAAGUAAGAUCAGAGAAUAUCAGUGAAAGCCACUCAUUUGCAUAUGGAGAUGCAGAGAAUGAUGAUGAUGAUGAUGAUGAUGCAUUAAAAUCUAGCCAUAUCAGUGCAAACACCAGUAUGAUGGGUUCAUCGUUCCUCGAGCAAGGAACUUUAGAUAUGGCUGGUGAUUUUGGCUAUCAUGAACAUUUAAUGGAGGUAGAUAAACAGGACAAUGUGAGCAAUAUUAGUGAAGAGGGAAAAGAGCAAAUGAACAGUGAAACUGAUGCAUUGAUCGAUUCAAUGAAUGAGUUGGAUAGACAGGAAGAAAUUGAACCAGAGAAUGAGAUGAAAGUGGUGAGCCCUGACUCUGAGGAGGAAGAAAAGGAUGAAAUGAACAUUAAUGCUGGCAAAAAUAAUAAAAAAGAACAUGAAAAUGUGACUGAAAUAGAAGAAGAGAUAGAAGUGAUUAAGAUUAAAAGUGACUUUUCUAUGCUGGAUGAAGGUGUAGAUUCUUCUAUGAACAGUGAUCAUCAGGAGAGUUUAGAAAAGACUGUACUGCCAACUGAACCCCAUUCAGAUCAGACAGUAAAUGAAGAAGAUCUUUCGAAACCAGAAGAUACUGAGAUUAAGGAGGAUGAACCGAUACGGUUCAAAAAAGCUCAGAUGGUUGAAUGUAAAACUGAUGCAUCUGCAUUCAUAAGUGUGUCAGCUGACCAACCAAGUAACUUGUCACAAACUUCAGAGACAGAAAUCUGGGCUGGUCCAUUCACAGAUCCUGCAGGGGAUUCAGAAGAAGGGAAGGAUGAGGACACUGAAGUGUCUUUUGAAAUGGCCCAGUUCUCACAUGCACCUAAGGUUGCUUGUGAAGAAAAUAAAACCGUAGCAAAGGACAAAAAUGAUGAUGCCUCUGAGAUGGAAGUAAGAUCAGAGAACAUCUGUGAAAGCCACUUAUUUGCAUAUGGAGAUGCAGAGAAUGAUGAUGAUGAUGCAUUAAAAUCUAGCCAUAUCAGUGCAAACACCAGUAUGAUGGGUUCAUCGUUCCUCGAGCAAGGAACUUUAGAUAUGGCUGGUGAUUUUGGCUAUCAUGAACAUUUAAUGGAGGUAGAUAAACAGGACAAUGUGAGCAAUAUUAGUGAAGAGGGAAAAGAGCAAAUGAACAGUGAAACUGAUGCAUUGAUCGAUUCAAUGAAUGAGUUGGAUAGACAGGAAGAAAUUGAACCAGAGAAUGAGAUGAAAGAUGUGAGCCCUGACUCUGAGGAGGAAGAAGCGGAUGAAAUGAACAUUAAUGCUGACACAAAGGUUACAAAAGAAGAUACAAAUGUGACUGAAAUAGAAGAAGAAGAGAUAGAAGUGAUUAAAAGUGACUUUUCUAUGCUGGAUGAAGGUGUAGAUUCUUCUAUGAACAGUGAUCAUCAGGAGAGUUUAGAAAAGACUGUACUGCCAACUGAACCCUAUUCAGAUCAGACAGUAAAUGAAGAAGAUCUUUCGAAACCAGAAGAUACUGAGAUUAAGGAGGAUGAACCGAUACGGUUCAAAAAAGCUCAGAUGGUUGAAUGUAAAACUGAUGCAUCUGCAUUCAUAAGUGUGUCAGCUGACCAACAAAGUAACUUGUCCCAAACUUCAGAGACAGAAAUCUGGGCUGGUCCAUUCACAGAUCCUGCAGGGGAUUCAGAAGAAGGGAAGGAUGAGGACACUGAAGUGUCUUUUGAAAUGGCCCAGUUCUCACAUGCACCUAAGGUUGCUUGUGAAGAAAAUAAAACCGUAGCAGAGGACAAAAAAGAUGAAGCCUCUGAGAUGGAAGUAAGAUCAGAGAAUAUCAGUGAAAGCCACUCAUUUGCAUAUGGAGAUGCAGAGAAUGAUGAUGAUGAUGAUGAUGCAUUAAAAUCUAGCCAUAUCAGUGCAAACACCAGUAUGAUGGGUUCAUCGUUCCUCGAGCAAGGAACUUUAGAUAUGGCUGGUGAUUUUGGCUAUCAUGAACAUUUAAUGGAGGUAGAUAAACAGGACAAUGUGAGCAAUAUUAGUGAAGAGGGAAAAGAGCAAAUGAACAGUGAAACUGAUGCAUUGAUCGAUUCAAUGAAUGAGUUGGAUAGACAGGAAGAAAUUGAACCAGAGAAUGAGAUGAAAGUGGUGAGCCCUGACUCUGAGGAGGAAGAAAAGGAUGAAAUGAACAUUAAUGCUGACACAAAGGUUACAAAAGAAGAUACAAAUGUGACUGAAAUAGAAGAAGUAGAGAUAGAAGUGAUUAAAAGUAUCUUUUCUGGGCUGGAUGAAGGUGUAGAUUCUUCUAUGAACAGUGAUCAUCAGGAGAGUUUAGAAAAGACUGUACUGCCAACUGAACCCCAUUCAGAUCAGACAGUAAAUGAAGAAGAGCCUUUCCCUGAUGAAGCUGUGGGAGAAGAAGAGAACCAAGGUGAAGACGAUGACUCCCCAAACAUAGCCUUUUGGAGAACCGAUCCUGGUGAGUGUGACAGCUACAGUCAGGAGAACACACUGGCAGACACUCAGCCCUUGAUUCAUUAUAAGAGUGAUGAGGAAACAAAAGGGAAUGUGCAAGCCUCACACCUCAUUGGUGAGACUAGUGAUAGUGAGGAUGAGAAAGAAAGAAUGGAAGGAGGCAACUUGAAAGAGGGGGCAUCCAAACACUUCAACACCAUGGAGGAUCUCACAGAAGAACCAGACAUGGAGGUCACUGGAGAGAUGGUGACAGAAGAUAAUGCUUCUAAAGAAGAAGUGCAAGAGAGUGAUAUAACAUGCAUAAAGCCUCAAAGUGACUCUGAAGUCCACGAAGGAAUUGAGCUCAAGGGAAACCUGGAAGAAGAUAGUGAUUUUAUUACAGAGAUGAGGAAAGAUGAAGAUCAUGAUGUCAAAGUUUAUGGGCAAUCACAACUGACUGAAAACCAGCAUAUGCACACUGAACAGCCUGAGGAUGAAGCAGUUCAUUCAUAUGAAAGUCAAGAACAUCCAAUCUCAUUCCCUGAAACAUCUCAUCAACUUAAAAACCUCUUUGAAACUCCAUCAACUCUGACCAUGUUCCAAGAUGCAGUUGCAACCAAAAAUUCAGAAGAUCUUAUGGAAGCUUCCAUGCACACCAACGUGGAUCUCAAGCUGAGUCGCUCUUUGGAAAGUAAAAUAAGUAGUCAACCUGACAGUAUGACAUCAGACAUUCCCAACUCAGACCAGGAAGAGGGCAAUAGCUCAGAAGAUGAGUCUCCAAAUGCCAGCCAGUGUUUCCAGAGCACAAGCCUUUUAACAGUGGCUACUCUUAAUAAGCUGCCAUUCACUUUCACUAAUGGAGUCAAGGCUGACUCUGUGUCUGACGUCAACUAUUUGCAUGAAGAAGCAGUUAGUAUGGAGAAGAACACUGAAGAACCUAAAACCCCUCAGACUGAUGACUGGGAGAAUUCUGACAUCUGGAGCAAAAGCAUGAAUGCUCCAGAUGCGACUGAGAUCAUGCAUGCAUCAAGUAUUGAUGAAAAUACAGGCGUUUUCCCAGUAAAUGAGACUGAGAGUUUAGAAAUUCCAAAUAAAAUGGCAGAAAACAUCUUUGGAAAAUUUGAAGAACAAUUUGAAAGGACAGUGGAGAGCUUUUCAGAAAAAGUGCUGACUGUGAUGGACUGUGAGAGAACCAGUUCGGGAGAUAAUGAGGAAUUUCAGUCAAAGGAAAAGAAAAGUGAGAUUCAUAGCUUUUUCAGCACUAGUAUGAAGGAGGAUUUUUGGAGUCAGGGGAAAUUGGAGAUGGUAGCUACCUAUGACCCUGCCAAGACUGAAGACAUAAACCAGGCCAUGGUCUUUGGAGAGGAGUGGAGAGAUAUGGAGAGAAUGCCAACAGCAAAUUUAAGUCCUAAAGAAAAGAUGGCCAUUCUCAAAGGACAGGAUGAGAAGCACAAAGAUAAAAAGCCAACACAAGGCAAGAUGGUCUUAUCUGAUGACUCUGUUGAUGAGGGAGAUUCCUGGUCUUCUGGUGAUGAGUAGCAGCUU